CCUUGGCGGCGGGAUCCCCGCUCCCCGCCGGGAUGAGCUGGGCCUGGCAGGCGCUGCGCGCCCUGCGCCUGCGGCUCCUCGGGCCCGCCAAGGAGCUGGUGGGCACCGACCAGUUCGGCAACAAGUACUACCGGGUGCCCAAGCACGAGACCCGCGCAGGGCAGAUUAUACAAGAAAGGAGAUUUGUAGAAGCAAUAAAUCGUCAAGCAUAUCAGUAUGAAAUGGGUGACUUUCCAAUAGAAUGGGAAGCAUGGAUAAGAAAAAAAAGAAAUGAUCCACCCACCAUUGAGGAGAUUCUUAAGAACGAGAACUAUAGAGAAGAAAUGAAACAGAAAAUCAAAGAUGUAUCCGAAAAGGAUAAGCUGCUUCAGGCCAAGGAAUACAAGGAGGGACUUGUUGCUGAACCAGCUCACACACAGGUUAAAGGCCACGCAUCUGCCCCUUACUAUGGAAAGAGCGAGCCUUCGCAAGAUCCAACCAGCACUGCAAAUACCUUUCAGCCAGGCUCCUGGAUGCCACCAGGCAGUGGUAGUAGUCAUAAUAAAUAAACAAUUGUAAUGUACAGAUAUUGCUAACAGAUAAAUAUUUUAACAGACAGCGUAAACAGCUGUUAUGAGCGUGCAAUAAAGUAAUAUUAAAGCAGUUUCAUUUGUUUUUGCCGAACUGUUCAGAUAGGCUUAAUCACUUAAUCAAAAACUACUCUAAAAUUUGGGGUUUAGUGAAAAACAGGAUGGGUUACUAACCAAGUUUGGUUUUGACAGUUGCUGUUCAUCAGUUACUCUUGGACUCAGAGGUAGCAGGGUUUCUAGCUAACUUAAUUUUCUUAAAGAGUUCUAAAUUGUUUUUUCCUUGAAGACUUUUAUUUUUAAAAUUGGUUUUGAUGUAGUAAAUUUUAGUUAAUUAGUACACUUAAAUUUUCCCAAACCUACACAUCAGUUUAAGAUAGUUCUUCAGAAUGCUUGUAAAUUCCCUUGGCAGUGCCAGUGUGCCACUGGCAAGUGGAUGGAAAAGUUGGUUUCAUUAGCAGGA